AUGAUUGCAACGAUGCUCAUCCUUGCAUGCUUAUGCAUCUUGGCGCCCACUUUAUACCUGAUAUAUAAGCCAUCUCUAUCUUUAAUAGAGUAUUUACAACGUCGAUGGCCAGAUGUUCUCUGGCACGUUGCGACCCCAUCAAAAAUCAUUGCACUCACAAUUGAUGAUAGCCCAACUGAGUGCACUGACGAGAUUAUGGAGAUUUUGAAAACCUACGAAGCAACUGCAACUUUCUUCAUUAUAGGAUCGUACAUUACUGGACGCGAGUCGACACUCAGGAAUUUAAUCCGUAAUGGAAAUGAGCUGGGGAACCAUGCAAUGUUCAGCGAACCAUCGCGAUCAUUAAGUGAUGCCUCCUUGGCCUACCAACUCCAGUCUGUGGAGGAACUCAUCGAUACGGCAUACGCUGCAGUUCAUACUGAGCCUCCUCCAAGAUAUUUCCGACCAGGGUCAGGCUUUUUUAGCAGUAGGAUGCUCAAUUUGGUAGGCGGAAUGGGAUAUCGAAUGGUACUUGGCAGCAUUUACCCAUAUGAUCCUCAAAUACCCUUCUGGAGAAUCAAUGCGAGCCACAUUCUAAGCAUGUUGCACCCUGGGGCCAUUGUUAUUUGCCAUGAUAGGAGUUGGACGAUUCCGAUGCUUAGAGACGUUCUGCCUAAAAUCCGGCAGAAAGGUUAUCGCAUAGUUACUAUCACGGAUUUGCUCAAAGAAUGUAAGCUGUGA